AUGCUCCCUGGGCCUCUUGACCGCGCCCUAGCCUGGGAGGCGGGGCAGGCUGGGCUCUCUCUGUGACGUCACAAAGGCCCCGCCAUGCCUCUGGCCUUGACCCUUCUGCUGCUCUCGGGCCUGGGCGACCCCGGAGGCUGGGGCUGCCUGCAGUGCGACCCCUUGGUGCUGGAGGCCCUGAGUCACCUGCGCUCCGCCCUCAUCCCCAGUCGCUUCCAGUUGGAGCAGCUGCAGGCGCGCGCCGGAGCAGUGCUCAUGGGCAUGGAGGGGCCUUUCUUCCGGGACUACGCGCUGAACGUGUUUGUGGGGAAAGUGGAGACAAAUCAACUGGACCUUGUGGCGUCCUUCGUCAAGAACCAGACGCAGCACUUAAUGGGUAACUCUCUGAAAGAUGAGCCUCUGCUAGAGGAGCUGGUGACCCUCAGGGCGAGUGUGAUCAAGGAACUCAAGAAAGUUUUAAUUUCAUAUGAAUUAAAAGCCUGCAACCCCAAACUUUGCCGCUUGCUAAAAGAAGAGGUGUUGGACUGUUUACAUUGCCAGAGGAUCAGUCCCAAGUGUAUCCACAAAAAGGACUGCUUUGUCGACCGGCAACCCCGCGUGGCCCUGAAGUAUCAGAUGGACAGCAAAUACCCGAGGAACCAGGCGCUGUUGGGCAUCCUCAUUUCUGUGUCUCUGGCUGUCUUUGUCUUCGUGGUCAUCGUGGUCUCACGGAGUCUUGCUCUGUGGCCCAAGCUGGAGUGCAGUGGCGCGAUCUUGCGACCUUGGCUCACUGCAACCGCCGCCUCCCAGGUUCAAGCGAUUCUUCUGCCUCAGCCUCCUGAGUAGCUGGGACUACAGGUGCCCACCACCAAGCCUGGCUAAUUGUUGUAUUUUCAGUAGAGACGGGGUUUCGCCAUGUUGGCCAGGCUGGUCUCAAACUCCUGACCUUAGGUGAUCCACCCGUUUCGUCCUCCCAAAGUGCUGGGAUUACAGUCAUGAGCCACUGCGCCCGGCCAGUGAACGCCCUUAAUAACACUUAGCGCAUGGGGAGUGCUCCUGUGCAGGCUAGCUCUCACUGUGAACUUGCUCAGCCUCUCUUCCAACUCUCUCUCCUCAUUUCUCUGUCUCCCUGUGUAUUCAUAUCCUACUGCUGCUGUAACAUCACCACAAAUUGGGUGACUUAAAGCAAAAGAAAUGUAUUCUCUGGGUUCUGAAAGCAGAAGUCUGAAAUCAAGGGGUUGGCAAAGUUGGUUCCUUCCGGAGCCUCUGAGAGUGAAUCCACCCCAUGCCUGUGUCCUAGCUGCUGGUGGCUGCUGGCAUUCCUUAGCUCCCUUCUAAUCCCUGCCUCUGUCUUCACAUGGUUUUGUUUCCUAUAUGUCCAUCUCAAAUCUCCCUCUCCUUUCUCUUCUAAGGACACCUGUCUUUAGAUGUAGGGCCCAUCCUAAAUCUCAUGUCACCUUAACUUAAUUACAUCUCCAAAGACCGCGUUUCCAAUUAAGGUCACAUUCCCAGAUCCUAGGAGUUGGGACUUGGAUAUAUCUUUGGGGUGGGGGACACAGCGUAACCCACUAUACCUGCUUCCACUAUACCCUGUCUCUACCUUCUCUCUCUCCGUUUCUGCCUGUGUCUCCUCUUGUCUUUUUGGACUCUUUCUGUUCCCACAUUUUACCAUCACGCCUGGUCCCAACUCUUCUUUCCUCUCUCCUCACCAACUCCGAUUGGCAGAGAACCCUGAAAAUCUGCCCAGAUACCCAUGAUGUCACUGGAUGAGCCAAAUCAGGCCAACGAUUGGAGUAAAGUUAUGGGGAGGGAAGUUACGGGUCCCUUGAUCUGGAAGAGCCUGAAAUUCUCAUUCUAAU